CUCACAUUUGCCACUCUCAUUUAGUAUGGGGAGAUCAAGAAAUGAGUCUGCAGAUAAUACCAAGAAAUCUCAGCUGGUUAUAGACAUUUGCAACGUUUCUCUCCGUGCUAGUUCCUGCGCUCACAGGCAUCAUCGUUUUCGCCCCGAAAAACCGGGUUUCGUCGACUGGUACCUCGUUCUUGGAAUUGAUGAGAGUUCUGGGGUAGAUGCCAUCAAGAAACGUUACCGUGGACUUGCUUUGCAGCUUCAUCCUGACAAGAACAAACAUCCCAAGGCUGAGGUUGCAUUCAAACUAGUAUCUGAGGCAUAUGUUUGUUUAGCAGAUGAUGUCCGGAGGGGGGCUUUUGAUCUGCAGAGACACAGUAGCUUCUGCAAUGAGUGCUGCAACAAUCCAUAUCUGAACUCCAACCCUCCUCCCCAGGCGAAGCCCAGGAAUGUGAGCCAGAUUGUGAGGGAGCUUAAAGCCAGAUUUUCCCAGGAGGCAACAGUGAUAGAGAAGUGUGUGAAGAUGAAUGCAAAUGCCAGAAUACGGCGCUGCGAGUAUCCGAUCUUCAAUCCUUCUGAUUAUGUGUCGUUCCAUGGCUAUCCUCACCACAGGAAUCAGAUUGUAGUGGGCAAGAAGUAUCAAUCUGCAGUGUUUGAGCAUAGAACAGAAAGGGCACAAAAACUUGCUUAAAAAGAACUCUCAAGUCUUUUUUUUACUUUAAGUUAGUGUUAGGUUAGUGAGAUUAGAUUUACCACUUAAAGAAAUU